GUUCAGUUUUCUCAUGGAGAAAAAAAUUAAUUUAGACACAACUCAGUCUUAUGCAUUGUCCACUUCCUCGGCUUCUACAGUCCAGUCCUGGGUGGUAAAUUUUGGUGUAUGUGGUCUAAAUUUCUAUUGUGUGGGGAGGGAGAAAGCCAGAAAAUCUCUCAGCAUCCUAUGAUAAGCCUCACAAUUCAAUUAUUAUCUUUUAUUCAAAGCUCAAUCCAUUUCAUUAUCUGAUCUAAAUUACUCUUUAGUUCUUCUGCUACAUUGCUGGGCAGCCGGUGUACUAUCUCAUGCUUGUAGGAGCCCAUAACUUCAUAAAGAAUCUGGAAAAUUUCAUACUGAACAUUGUUUUGUGGUUUCUUUACACUGGAAUCCCUCUUCAAGACUGGCAUAUAAUAGAGAAUUAUCUGUUUGAAGCCCCCAAAUUAUAGGAAACCAUCGUUCGGGGAGGAAAUCAUGACCAUGGGGAUCAACAAUAACUCCACCUUCUUUCGUUUUAUUUUCAAACUUAGCAUCUAACUGGGACAUUCAUGGUCUUUAUCAAAGCCAUCAUAUAACUGUCCUUUUUGGGCUAAAUCGCCCACCUUAAGGUACGCUGGCCCUGUUCUUGAGGCGAGGGGAUUUGGGGUGUCAAGUAUUUAAGAUUUUCAUCUGUUUUCUCAUAUUUGCUUGUUUUUUUUUUUUUUUUUUUAGCAGUCAACUGGGGUAAAUGGUGGUCCAGAGCGGUCUUAGCCCUGGUACAGCUGUGAGCAGGAUGAUGGGCAGCUCUCCACAAGGGAGCAGCAGGCAGACGGGGCUGGGCAGGAGCUGAUGGGUAAGCCCCAGGGAUGUUACUUUUUGAAGAACAUUUUGUUUUCCACCCAGAAUCAGUAGCAAAAUGUUCACGUCUUAUUGUAAUACUUUUUACAAUGGGGAGAGCAGCUCUUGUAAUUUAUGCUGAUUAUUGUUGCUUGUUCUUCUGCUUCUGGUACUUACCCCACAUAAAGAUACAGAUCAGGACAACUGGAGAUGGCUCCGGAUGCAGUGCGAGACCUUGGUCUUUUUCAAGUUGAAGUCUAACAGGUCUCAGCUUGACUGAGAUAAUUCCCAAUCACCGAUGAAGGCUAGGUAAGAAAUGGAGCAGAGAAUGGCCUCUUUUACCUAGUCUACCCCCCCCCGCCCCCCACCAAAAAAAAAGAAUAAAAAAAAUCAAUCUGGCCCCAGAUAGCUCUGGUGGGGGAAAGUGAGGCAGAUGCCCUUGCCCAGGCCUCCCUCAUUUCAGUCCAACUUACCUGCUCGUCAUGGCAUCACCUCCCCAUGGCACUGGAGAGUAAGGGACAAAUGACAACCCCAAAUAAAAAGGAUGAGGAUCUUGUAGUCCUGCGAUGCAAAGCAAGAUAAGUUCCUCUGCGAUGGGGUUAGAGGAAGAGAGGAGGAUUUUGGGUGAAGCUUGCUGGGAAAAAUUGGUUGGCACUGUUCCCUGAGGGAACGUGGGCAGUUCACUUUCCCUUCCGUUUGGACGGAGCAGGGGAACCCGCCGCCCUGUUUUGUAAGUGCUUUUGUGCCUCGGUGUUUUCUUUUUCAAAAGGAAUCGAUUCAUUUUGUUUCAACCCAGUCUACCAGCCCCGUGAUGCCAUGGGGUUUCUGAGCGAGGCGAGUCAGCGAGCGAAGCCCAUGCCAGUGGAAGGUGUCGAAGUGGGCUUCGGGGGCCCCUAGUCCAAAUCCUAGCUCUUCCACUUAUCUUUGUGACCUUAGACAAGUCACUCUGUGUCAGGCCUCAAGUUUCUUCUUCUAUAAAGGGAGACAGUGGGAGCGGAAGGCAUCUGAGCUCCUUUCCAGCUGUACAUCUAUGGUCCUCUGACUGUGGCCUGACCUUUAUCGCCCGUGGCUGGUAGUGGACCGAUUUGCAAAUGGUAUCUUUUUCCUUUUAAAGAAGCGUGUACCCCAAAUUGUGCCCUGCCUAAGAACUCGGGUCGCUGCGCAAAGGAUUUCUGAGCGUGCGCUUUCCUUUGGUGAGUAACAGAGAGACUCCUGGCUUUGGGAAAUAAAAGGCUUCGAAUAUAUAGCUCAAUGAGAGGGCAAAGAGUAAAGAAGCUCUCCCUUCCGUGCCGGGCAGCUUGACACGGAGCCAAUUCUGGAGAGGAGAGAUCAGGGAGUGGAUUGAUUAUCCAUUCCGACUCCGGCCGUGAGAAGUCUCUCCGGCUUCUGGACUUUGCUGAAGCCAUAGAGAUUCAGCUGAAAUUAGGCUUCUGGAAAAAUUUCCCUUUUGCCCCUUGGGAAUGGAAUUUUCAGAGCUGACAGGUGGCUUUAAGGAGCCCUCGUCUAAGUAACUUCUUUAGCCUAAUCGUUAUUGUGGUGCCAACGAGGAAACCAAAAUUAUCCCGUGAUGUCACCUGCAGUCAGUCCCUUGUGUCGAGCAACGUAAAGACUAGCAGCUUUAGAGAACGAGAUGCUUUGUAUAUCUCUAGCUCAGCGCGAAGGCAAAAGGUCAGUUCGUUUUCCUCCUGUGCCGGUCUCGCUGCCAGGGAGCCGACUCUGGAGAUAAGAACUCAAUAACAAUGUUACUAUCCAUUAGAACUCUGUCCAUUAAUUGUAUGAAAUUAGGCUCAUAUAUAAACUUGGCUUUUUCACAGCACUGAGCAGAACAUCGAAAGGGAUUUUCAGAGCUGACAGGUGGCUUUAAGGAGUCCUCAUCUCUGGGAAACUUCUUUAGCCUCAUCAGCAUCGUGGUGCUCGCUAAGAAACCCAAAUCAGCCUGUGAUGUCAGGGCUAGGAAACCGGAGACACCAUUAUGAUGUCCUAGGCUCCCUUUAAGUUUCUUGUCAACUGUCUUUUAGCCUGCUUCCUGGCCGAAAAGACUGAGCAGAUUGGAUGGCUGCAGCCGAGUGAAAACGCCGGGGAGUCAGAGAUUAAACAUGGAUUCCGAGAAAUCCCAAUCUGAAGAACAUUUUCCUGGAGGUGAAGCCACUGACACAGAGCAGAGCAGUAAUUCGCCUUUCUCUUCUGCACCUCCCGAGGAAGGGGAGAUACCGAUUCUGGAUGCUGACCUGAGGGCUCUGGUUGAAGAAAAUGCUUUUCAGGCUUUGACCGAAGGACCCUUAGCAAAAAGAACAUGUUUCUCAUUUUCCACUGAGAGUCUGGCCAUGGAAGAGAGUGAGUUUUUCUCCCUUACCUUUCCCAGAAAGCUUUGGAAAAUAGUCGAAAGCGACCGCUUUAAGUCCAUUUGUUGGAAUGAAGAUGGGACCUGCAUCGUGAUAGAUGAGGAGCAGUUUAAGGUGGAGAUUUUAGAGAAGAAGAGCGCUAUCAGGAUCUUUGAGACAGAUUGCAUGAAGAGUUUCAUCCGCCAGCUGAAUCUCUACGGCUUCAGCAAAGUCCGGCAAGACGUGGAGAGAUCUGCCUCCCUGCAUGAAUUUUUGGUGGAAGAAAGAGCGACUUAUCCAUUAAACAAGUUACAGCUGUACUGCAACCCCAGUUUUAAAAGAGGCUGCCCUCAAUUGCUCUCAAAACUGAAGAGAAGAGUGGGGGUGAAAAACACAAGUUGCCCUCCUUCCUUGCCGAACCAGAGUCCCGGCGAGAGUUCCGUAAAAGAGCAUCACCCUAACCAGGAAGACCUGAAAUGUGCACCCGCCGGCAAAUGUGCCAAGAAGCGCAGCGUUUCCGCUGCCGCAGCCUCUGCCUGCUGUUCCUCCGCCUGUUGUUCCUCCGCCUCCGCCUCCGCCUCUGCCUCUACCUCCGUCUCCGCCUCUGCCUCUACCUCGGUCUCCGCCUCUGCCUCUACCUCCGUCUCCGCCUCUGCCUCUACCUCCGUCUCCGCCUCUGCCUCUGCCUCUACCUCCGCUUCUACCUCUGCCUCCACUUCGGUCUCCGCCUCCACCUCUGUCUCCGCCUCCACCUCUGCCACCGCCUCCACCUCUGCCUCGGUCUCCACCUUUGCCUCGGUCUCCACUUUUGCCUCGGUCUCCACUUCUGCCCCCGCGCCCGUCUCUUUUCUUGCUCCCGCUGUGGCUUCUACUUCCAGAGAGACGGGGUCCAGAAGCGCGGAGGUGAAACAGGGCGGCGGAAAGAAGGCCGCUCCCGGCAACAGCGGCGCGCUUUCCCGAGGGGGCUUCCCCGCCGGCCCGCUCCUGAGCGGGGGGUUCCCGGCGCCCGCCAGGCUCAGCCAGUUCGGCCCCUUCCACCUGCCCCCCCUGAUGGGCCACCGCCCCCUGCAUCCCGACGGGCUGGCCGCCCCCGCCUCCCUCUUUCACGCCCUCCACAACGGCUCCCUGCGGCCCGUGAUGUACCCGGCCAUGUAUUCGGAGCUGACCGCCUUCCAGGCGCAUGUGGCCGGCCUGCUGCCCUUCUGGGGCCCGUGCUACUCCAUGCCCAUGGUGACCACCACGUCGGCCGUGUCCGUGUCCCUGCCGGCCGAGAGCCGCCCCCCGCAGUAUCAGCACUGCCCCGGCUGCAGCUGCAACUCGACGCACAACGGCCCACCCCCGGAGAGGGAUCCCAGAGGCAACUGAUCCUCGGGCUACCCCGGGGGAUGCUAUCCACCCCCCCACCCACCCCCACACACCAGGUUCCCCCCUUUUUUUCAAAGAGGCAUGACACUAACCAUCA